AUGAAAGUCAAGUCCAGAGUGAAGGGUCAAUUUUGUGACAGGUUCUAUAUAUAUAUAUUUCCAUGAAAUCGAAGGUGUAGAAUUCAUUUGCGAUACCUAUGGACAAAACUGUUCUUUCCACUCUGUACAGAGUGAGAGGGAAACUCUUUGCGCACGAGCAUUCGUACAUUAGAAUAGAGCGAGCGGUGUAAAAACCGUAGAAUUACGUUGGCCGCGCCAACGUUUUCUCAAUUCAGUUUCCCGGAGUAAAAAGCGCGAACGUCUCGAUUAAUUUCAUAAUAAAAUACUCUGCCGAUCGAAAGUGCCUUGUCACGAGUCUGCUCUUUAUCUGCGUCAAACAGUUUCCGAGAUUCGAUCCAGUUGAAAAAAAUUCUUUCAGUUUUGCAAUUUCCAGUUUAUCGACACGCAGAAAUCCUUUCCCUCUCUCCCUUUUUUUUUUUUUCUUUCUUUCUUUAAUUAAUGUAUAUUAACGCAUAUGACGACGACCUGGAAAAUGGACCGACUCCCCUACUUGUCCAGCCGUUGUUGCAUUCCACCUAUGAUCUCUCUCUCUCUCUCUAUCUUUUCGUUAUAUAAAUGGGAAUUCAUCUGGCGGGACAAUAACGCGGCUACCGCCUCUUCUUCGAAUAUUAUUCCAAUAUUUUUGAAAACCGGUGGAAAUUCACGUCUAAUGCGUCCUACGCGGUUUAUAAUCGGCGGAAUCCAGAUGGAAAAACGAUUGGCCAAUUAGCGCAGUCCGGAGGAGGGGCGCGCAGCGGAAGAAUCGGCGAAUAUUCGUAGGCCGGGGCCGCGAUGCGUUAUAAUUAAUCGCGGCGAAAUAUUCCAAACCGAUGAUCAUCGACGUCCAAUUGAAUUGCUAAUAGCAUUCGGGGCUUAUUAUCGACCCGGUUGUGAAACCCGUGGCGGAGGGGGAGGGCAGGGAAAGGGACAGGGACGUUUAAUAUUCAGUGUCUGCAUUAAUGGUUGACCGCGUGUAUAAUGUAUACUCGCGUGCCUUUUCCUCCCUUUUCCUGCGUGACACCUGCUGCGCGGAUUUAAAAAUCCCGUCGGAAUCGGCGAUCUGUUUUCUCCUCCCGUUUUUCCUUCAUAUUCGAACGACCGGAAGGAAAUCCGAAGCUGCUUCUUCUUCGUCUUUUUUCUUUUUUUUUUUUCUCCUUCGCCCGCGUCCCGCAAACUAACCCCUUGUCGCGCCUGUAGGCAAAUGUUGCUGACAAUGAUGAGCAACGAAGGAUAUGUUAGAUCACAAUUGAUGUUCGUUGAAUGCUCUUAAAAUAGAAAGUUAGAGUAAAUGUGUGGAAAAAACGCACCGAAAGAAGGGAGAACGCAAUAACGAACGCAAGAAACAUGAUCCAAUGCGUUUCGAGUUGUACCGCGCUUUAUUAAAUUAUCAGACACACGAUGAAACGGAGGCUUGAAGUUACUGUCAAAUUUUUAACACGUGCACUAACAAUUCAACACAAUGAAAUACGAAUAAAUGAAAUAAUUGAAAUAAACGAAUAAAAAUAAAUAAUUAAAAUAAAUAAAUAAUGAAAAUAUCUUCGUAUUAUUUAUUCAUUCGUAUUCUGUGUUGUUGAGAUGUAGUUUGAUCGAUCAUCUUGAUGAGAAGGAAAAUCUCACAAUCAGGCUCGCGAUUAAAGUAAGCCUAACCUAACCCUAAGCAAAACCUAACCUAAAUCUCUGUCCUCUGUCGAUAGAUUUGAAAUUCGAUUAAUCCCUGUGCGUCACGCCCGUUGGAUUGAAAGACGAGAGUGCUUUCACUUCGUUUUUCUUCACUGUUUUAAUAAAUUAAUUACGAGCGGGGAGAGGGGAGGGGAGGGGAGUGAAAAAGAAAAAAAACGAAGUGAGAGAUUAAACAAACAGGUAACGAGAGGCGGAUUGAGUAGAGCGUGAAUUGAACACGCGCGAGAACAAGAAGGGGCGACCGAGAAGCCGAAGUUUUGAUCUCGAUUGCUUGGCUUUUUCUUCUAGCGAUCUCGCCGGCGAGCGGAAGUUACAACGAGACAGCGCACACGCUGCGAUUCGCGCAGAGGGUGCAGAGCGUGGUCAAUCGGCCAGUGGUCAACGAGGAUCCCGUGGCGAGGAUCAUCCGCGAGCUGAGGGCCGAGGUGGCCAGGUUAAAGUCUUUAUUGAACGUAGAACCAGCGGCGAAGGCGCUCUGUUGUUGCCAGAAGAUUGAAUCGAGCACAGAUCGCUCGUCAGAGGAGGAAUCGGCCGAACGUGGAUCCAACGGGGAGAAUUCGGAAGAGAAAUCGCCAGAGGACGAGACGGUGGUUGAAUCGAAAGGAUCGGAGAGCGUCGUUUCAGUUCGAAGAUCCAAUUCGAGCGAUAGCUGCGUCGCCGCGCAGGACAGGAAGUCCGAUCGACGAGGGAAGAGAUCCGGCUCGUUGGAGUUUCUGGCGACGAGCGAGCGCUUCAACCGGGCGAGGGUGACCGAGCUGAACGACGAGGAGGACGAGGAGGUGAGCGAGAUCCACGAGUCGGUGUUCGUCGACAUCCCGACGUUGGUCGCGGUUCUGAUCAAGCCGGACAACAAUCUGCAAGGAUCGUCCGUGCAGAUCGAGGAGAUCUGUUCGGACGAGGUGGUGGAGGAGUCGAUCGUAGACGCCGAUUUCGAGGCGGUCAACGACCACGAGGAGGAGGCAACGUUCGACGAGUCGGAGAAGCUGGACAGCGUCGACCACGACGACAGGAGCAGCUCCGUCAACUCGUGUCACGCGUUCGGAGAGAACGAGUUCGCGUCGUCGUUGGAGGUUUGUCAGAACUCCGAGAACAAGCCGCCGAGGCAGAGGCCCAAGUUUCGCAAGCAGGACACGGUGGACGUGUUGCCGAGCUCGGUCCUCUCCAACUUGCACGCGUUGAAGAAGUUCGGCUCGGUGGAGGCGAUCCAGAAGAAGAGGGACCCCGUGUUCUCGCUGGAGAGGUCUCACACGAACAUAGAGAACCGUUCGAACUCGACCGCCGACCGGGCGAAGAAGUUGAAGAACAUCCGUGAGAUCGACGACCAGCAGAAGUCGGCCAUCUCGAGCAGAAGUGGCUGGCCGAAGGAGCGGAAAGACAGCAACGGCUCGGACAAGAGUCUGAAGGAUUGCAGCAGCCAGUGCGAGUCUGGCUCGAAGGCGAGGAGUUACGAAGCGAGGAAGCCCAGCUUGGACAGUCUGAAGCGAAAGACCAGCAAGGACAGCAGUUCGAGCAGCUCGAAGGACGAGCAGAUUUUGAUUUCGAGCCUGGCUCGGGACAAGUUGCUCCGUAGGAAGAGCUCCCUCGAGCAGGAACCUUCGACGAGGAGCCACACGCCUAUUCAGAGGACGAAACGCGCCGAGAUCGUGGCGGCGGUCACGGAGAGGCUGUACUCGAGCAGGAAGCACCUGGACGAUGUCCCGGGUGUACGAUCACCUCCGGACACCGGUUGCGACGCGGCAAAGUCCGCGGCGAAGCUGAAGCUGCAGGAGAUCUCGAGGAAGAUGCUCGGCAAGCGCAAACGCGUGUGCGUGGACACGCAGACGGAGUGCUCGAGGACCGUUCGCAUGAGGGACACCGCGUCCCUCACCGAGACACGGCAGAUAACGCGUCAGGACGUCGGUGUGCUGACGGAUCAUCACGAAGCAUGCGAGUACGCUUCGACUGUGCGGAACACACCGAUCCUGAGGGUGAAGGAGACGGCCACUUGGACGGAGAAACCCAGGACGAGAAUCGUCAAGUGCAGAGACGUGGCGAGUUCGGCGAACGAUCUCGAGCAGUACGACUACGAGAUCCACGGCUCUCCGCGCAACGACUCCGGCAUUCUUUCGGACGACGCGCAGAAUUACGCCGAGAGUGUAAACUUGAGCGGCACCGAGCUGUCCGACGGAAGAGCCGCGUACGCGGAAAGUUCCACCAACACGAGCGCGUUCUCGUCCUGUCGAAAUUUCGCGGUGCAGACCUCGCGCGGGCAACAACUGUCAGCGAGCUGCUCAAGACAGUGCUGCGCCCCUCAAGUCGAACAUCCUCGACAAAGUCACUCCUCGGCGAACAACAACCGCGAGAGAAGCGUCAUCUCCAUCUCACUACCGGACACCAUCAGCAUCACCAUCGAGACCACGAGCAGCACUGUCGUAGACUCGAGGAUCGCUGCGAGCACGCGGCUGGACAACGAGCUUACGCAGACGAAAGAGCGCGCAAAACGAAGAAGCGAAACGAAGGAGGAGGGAGCCCAAACCGACGAAUGGAACGAUCCCCGUAACGAGAUCUACUGUUCGAGGGAUCAGACCGCGUCGGCGCCCAGCCAGACCGAUAGCAGGGUGUUCCGGAUCGAGAACAUCUUUCACGACCCUAACAACGCGGCCAAGAAUUCGAGAACGGAUGCGAAUCGAACGGAGGAAGGGACGAGGAUAAGGAAUUCCAUUACUUUCCGGAAUUCCCUGGGGACGUCGUACGUGUCCCAGCCGAAGAAGUACGAGCUCGCCGGCGAGGAGGAUUCAGCAGGAUUUAUCAGGAAUGGAUUAAUCACGGAGGCGUUCAUCAACCGGAGGCGCAGUUUCAAUUCGAGAAGGGCGCCGAGCUCGGCCGUUUACCAAGAUCCGUGGAGGAACUGGCAAGUACCCGUGGCGUUCUCCACGAUCGCUGACAAUUUCUCGAAAGGUCUCGGUGUUGUCAUACCGGCCACCUGGCGACCGGAAGUCGAGGCAACACCGUUCGAACGUAGCAGCUGCGUCGCAGCAGAGUCGCCGGCGACUGAUUUUCAGUUGGACAGCAUCGACGAGUCCUCGAGGACCAAGUGUCCUCAUUCCGGUUGCUCGUUGAACAACAACGCCGCGGACCACGAGCACGGUUUCUCGGACGACAGUUUGGACUAUAACGAGAUCAACGGCGAGCCGACGACGACGCUGAAAGCGAAACAGACGACGACGGAGCAACGGGAGAAGAACCUCUGCCCGCCAGACGUGGUGGCGCACACCAAGAAAGACUGUCCGAAAGCCGCCGACUCGGAGAAGAACGAGCCCGUUAACGAUCCCGAGGACGAUCGAAUCGCGGAAUUGCCAAUGAGGAAGCCGGACGCGCGCGAUUACGAGUCUUCGAUCUGGGGCAAAGUUUGUUACAACUACGAGGAGGCCAGCGACCAGUCGAAUAUUUGCCCGAGCUGCGGCACCCUCGAGAAGAAGUCGAGUCCUGAAUCGCCGGCAACCUUGAAGCCCAUCAUCAAGAACAACAGGAGGAAGAAGAACGUGCCCGAAACUGCGAGUUCGUUUCGUUCUUUCGAGCUGAACGAGGACGAGACUGACGGCUCUCGGCAAGCGGGCAGGACCGACUUAACCGCGGAGAACGCGGAUUGGAAGGGUGAGAUACGGUCGGCGAGUUGGGAAGAUGGCAACGAGGAUACCGCGGGAAAUUCGAAACAGAGCCGCAGGAAAGUCAAGUUCUCCGUGGAAGAAUCGUCGGAGAAUACGUGCAGCGAGUCGGAUAGUUACGAGAACGUGGAGGAUGAGGAGAAGGAGGAGGAGGAGGAGGAAGAGGAGGACGAAUGGGAGGAGGAGAUUCUGUUCGAUGGUGCGGGCAAGAACGUUCUCGAGGAGUAUCUGAGCGAGGCGGUGGCCUUCAUGCGAAACUUGAAUUCCAUCAGCGCGUAUGCGAACAGGAGUAUGCUCGAGAGAACUAUUGCGACCUAUGGAAAAGUUUUACCUGCACGAUGAGUAGAAUACGAGUACAUUGCAAAAGAAAGAAAGAAAAUUUCGACCUUGAAAUUCAGGGACCUACCCUGUACAAGAAUCUCAGAAUUCUUCAAUGGAAACCAUCAGUAAGGAAAUAUUCAAAUAAAACUAAAAAAGGAGGUUGGAGGACUGCAUUCGAAGAGUCGACAGGCAUAACGAGCUGCUUAGGGUGAAGUACGGCGUAAACUGCGAGUCUGCUGGCGCUAGACUGGAUCUAGCGAGUCCUAGUGCAGAGGCUCGCGCGUCACCGACGGCCGACGACUCGGAGAUCCUCCGUGAGGCAGAAAUUCCUUUGGUGUUGCAAGGUCCCGGCGUCGUAGAGGACCGGAAACAGGACGACGACGAGGAUCUGGAGAAGAAAAUCUUCGAUCAACUGAUGAACGUUGCCAAUUCCAUCCGCUGUGGAAAUUCGAACAGAGUUCGACCUGGAAGUGGUGUGCUCGCUAAGCCGGAAUCCAGAUCGAGGAGCGGUACGAAGUCCGAAGGCGACAAAUAUCGAAGCUGCACGACGAAACAACCACCAUUCUGUGGAGACAUUCGAGGGAACGUGAAUGUGGGUGAGGCUUGGGACGAACGCAGAGAUCUCACCACGUACGAAAUAACAGGGAAUUUGUCCGUGGAGAGGACGACUUGCUCCACCGAACGGAAGAACGACGACUUGGAUUCUACUGUGGAGGACGAUUCCUCGCCUCUGAGAAGAUUUGAUCGAGCCUCUUGGUCCGUUGAUUCGGAUCGUCCAGCGUCGUCGAGGACGGAGGACGAGCACAGUUUCCUCUCGAGAUACAAGCUAACCGAUACCACUGACUGUUCGGCGAGACCGCAGAACAACACGGCGCGGAGAAGCUCGCCGAAACGGUUCCAAGGGACGGACGAUUAUUCGCGACGAGUGAGGGAUGGCAGUAGUUGCAGACGAGUGUGCCCGUGCUGGAAAGAGCACGCGGACAUCGAGAGCACGAGCGGCGAGAUCACGCAUCUCAGGGACAAAUUGAAAUAUCCCGGAAGUCCCAGGGCGAGAUUUCUGGAGCUUCUUCGGGAGAGGCGACGAAUAGUCGAGUGCAGCCGUGGCACGAGUGCCUCUUGA